AUGUAUGUGCCAGGUCCCUGCAGGAGCGCCCGGCUGCGGAGAGGAGAUGACAGCCGGAUCCUGGACGAGCCCGAAGUGGGGCGACCUGCCGAGCACGACGACCGCCCACUCACGCCCACUCCUCUGGGCGCGGCGGCGGUGUAUCUGAUGUACGCGGAGCCGGCGUCGGUGGCGAGCGAGGACUCGCAUGCCGAGCCCCGGCCAGGCGCCUCUUGGCUGGACACCUGGCGCCGCUCGGAGACCAGCGACGGCCGCUGGCUCGCCAGCCCCACCGCCGGCCUCCCGCCCCGCUUCGAGACCGACCCCGCCGGGAACAGGCUCCCGCCGGAGGUCUAUCCCGCCCUCAUGAACCCCUAUCGCAGGGCUAAUGCCACCUUCUUCGCCGUCGUUCGCGAACGCGAUCUCGGAGACUUGCUGAUGAGCAUGCGCACCGUCGAGGACCGGGUCAACCGCAAGUUCGGCUACCCUUGGGUCUUCCUCAGCGACCAGCCCUUCAGCCCCGAUUCCGCGCUGGCCAUCAAGUCGAUGACCCGCUCGCAAGUCUUCUUCGGCCUCAUCCCGGCCCGCCAAUGGGCGUAUCCUCCCCACGUCGACCGUCGCCGGGCCGCGCGCGCCCAGAAACCCGGUGCCGCGGGCUCCAAAAAGGGGGCGGAUGACCAGAGCCGCCGGCAUCUCUCCCGCUUCCACGCAGGGUUCUUCUUUCGGCACCCGCUCAUGGCGCAGUUUGAUUACUAUUGGCGGGUCGGGCCUGGGAUUCAAUACACCUGCGACGUGGAUUACGACCCCUUCGUGUUUAUGGAGGAGAACAAGAAAGUGUUCUCGUUCUCGAUCUCGCUGAUGGAGUACCAGUCGACGAUCCCGAGCCUCUGGAAAACCGUCCAGGGAUUCGUGCGCGCCAAUCCGGGCCUCCUUGCGGCAAACAGCUCGCUCGAUUUCCUGGUGAAGGACCCAUCCCGCGGGAUCGAGUCGGACUACAACCUGUGCCAGUUCUGGUCGAACCUGGAGAUCGUGGACAUGCGCUUCUGGCGCUCGGCGACGUACGCGAACUUCUUCGGCCACCUCGACCGGGCCGGCGGGAUCUACUACGAGCGGUGGGCCGAAGGGCCGAUCCACUCGAUCGCCGCCGCCCUCUUCCUCCCCCGCGCGCAGAUCCAUCGCUGGGACGAUCUGGGCUACUUCCAGCCGCCCUUCUCCCACUGUCCGCCCGACUACGACCGCUUCCAUGCCAACGGCAAAUGCUUCUGCGACCCGCUCGAAAACUUCGACCUCGGCCAGCCCUACAGCUGUGACCCCCUGUGGGCCCAGCUCCCUGCCCGGAAGGAGUCCAUCGACUCUCAUACAUAA